GAAAUGGAGCCCAAGGUGCCUAUAAAAGCUAGGCUGGGCUUGGUGGCUCAUUACAGCAUCUCUGCUCACCUGUGUGAAUCCUUCCCAUACCAAGGUCUCCCGAGCAUCCAGCCAUGUCUGAAUCGCCUGUGACUAUACCCGUGCCCAGGCCCGACCCCAGGCCUGCAUCUGGGUGUGACCCCAACUGUACCCUGCAGACCGCCCUCGAAGAGAUCGUGAGAAUUUACCACAGAUACAGCAGCAGUGCGAACAGGAACGACACCCUCGACCAACAGGAGCUGAAGUUGUUCCUGAACAGAGAGGCACCCACCUUCCUGGAAGCCUGCAAUCGGGACAAACCCGGGUACAUCAACAGUCUCUUCAACAAGACUGACAAAAAUAGAGACAAGGUGCUGAGCUUUGAAGAGUUCACUAGGAUCCUGGCCAUGCUGACCGACGACGCCCACCGCAUCAGCCACGGAGAUGACCGCUGCGGGCCAGACCAAGACUAAAGCCUCAAGUGGUGCCUUGGCCUGGAUGAGACCCUGGACCCAAUGACUCUGCCCCCCCUGCAGAAAUCUCCCAUGCUCAGAGGGCCCCGUGCCUGUCUGCCCACAGGGGCCUGAUGCGAGACAAUAAAGCUGCUGUUGAAACCCA